AUGGCGUUUGACGACGACGAUAAUCCCCAUACCUUGGCCCAGCCAGUUGGAGGCACCAAUGGAGCUGCGACAGAAGAUGCCGACGAUGACGCGCCAGACUACAAGCUCUUUCUAUCCAUGUUCGACAAGCACGGUGUGUCAAGUAAAGCUAUCCGCAAAGGCGAGAAGGAUUUUGAGUCACAUGGUACCCGCGCGCAGGAUGGUCUUCUCGAGGCGAGUCGUCAGGUCAUGGAUAAUGUUCUAGGCUACACGAGAAUACAUCGCGAAGAUUCUUGGCUGCGAGGAUGGUGUUUUCCUGAGUGCUGGGCCGAGCUGGAACAGGCCGGUGAGCACGAGGGGCUGUGGCUACGUGACAGAGUUGUCCUAGUUGAGCAUGGGCAUGGUACCUGGCAGAAGGACAUUGGAAGGGCGAUACCGAGCAAGAUUGAGCAUCUGGGCGCGGGAAAGCUCUGGCUUUUGCCCGAGGAGGCUAUAUACCUGGUUGAGAGAGGGACUAUGGAUUUAUGGUGGCCAAAUCGGCAACUGGAGGAUAUACUUUCCAGCACAGAUGAUACACCAAAGACGGAUAUGGGACUCGACGACUACGACGCCGGACUGCCUUUGAGUCUAGAAGCAGCAUACUCACUUUUUAUCGGCAAUGAGGGUGACAGAGGCAAGCUCACAUUACCGCAAUACCAGGUCUACGCGCACCUGAAGCGAGCAGGUUUCUACGUUCUGCGCGCUCCUCUCUACAAACCACACACACCAACACCUCAGUCUGAAACCCUAUGGCAAUGGCUGUUCUCGUUCUUCGGCUCAGACACACAACCUGCAAGACGAAAUCCUUCAGGCCCUCUUGUUCAGCCAGGACUUUACCGCGCCUACAGACCUAUCUACGACCAGCUCGCUCUCCUUCCCCGCCACAAGCCGCUGCCUACACCUCCAGUGGUACACCCUCCUCAAGACCCAUACCGGGUGUUAUUUCACGUUUGGAAAUCAGGUGGCGUUCCGUUCUCGAAGAAGAACCCGCCGCCUCCUAACUUCCGCAUUGCUGUGGUUGACGCCGGUGAGACAUGCGUGCCAACACUCGAGGAAAUCGAGGCUCUCAUGGAAUCAACCCCCCACGAUCCGCCCGACGAGGCCUGGAAGGGCCCUGGCCGUAUGUAUCAGCGGUUAAAGCACGGACACCGCAACGUGCUCGUUGCGAUUGUGGAUCGAGGACUUGUCAACUUUAUGAGAUUCGGCGAGGGAGCGUUUGGUGAGGAGAGAUUGUUUGAGAGAUUCGAUAACAGAGGUGGCCAGAGAGGCGGCAAGAAAAAUGGCCGCGGUGGUGGUCGGGGACGAGGUAGAGGUAGAGGCCGUGGUGGACAAGGACGAGGACGAUAA